CCCGAUGGCAGGACAGGUCAUGAGAGAGCUGAGCCGAUGAGAUCAUGGAGCCUGCGCCGAGGUCGGACAGGGUGCUGUUGGGACUUGACGGUGAUGGAGAGGUACCCGUCCGAAUCCAUGAUGUCUUGUACUGUAGCUGAAACCGCAAGACCUCUGGCCUGUGUGUCUGGGAGCCCUCUAGCCAACAGUCACUGCCAUUUUCUUCUAAUAGGACUUAAUGAGACUCAAGCCCUAAACAAUCAGGAAUGGACAGGUGAAAACUGAGAGGCCGAGAGGUGGCCUUUAUUCUAAACCUUGGUAUUUCCUCUGGUUCUGCACAGGGACAUGAGAAUAUUUCCACGCUUAGCAGUUUCUUCUCAGACGUCCACUUUUGCCAUAUAAAAAAAUGCCUUUGAACAUUAGAGCCAAGCCCGCGCAGAGCAAGCUGUCUGCUGGCGCAAAGAGUAGCGGGCACACUGAUGGCAGUACAUCCCAUUCACGCUUUUCCAGAUCCCCCAAACAGGGGAAAGGCAAACAGGCUGCGAGCUCGGCGCCAGGCUCCCGCUCGGGGCUUGAACCAGGCUCCGUGUCAGGGGUUGUGCCUGCUCCAGUGCCGAAACUGGCUGGAGGUCAAGGGUCGGUGUCGAGGCCAGGUCCAAAGAUCAAACCUGGCCAGGCAGCAGCAGACAAGGGAGCGACUCGUGGUUCAGCGACAGCUCCGGGGGGUAAAACCCUGUCUAUGGAGAACAUCCAGUCACUGAGUGCUGCCUAUGCCACUUCAGGCACCAUGUACCCCUGUGAGCGAGACUCCUUGGAACCCUCUGGUGGGUACCCUAAAGGCACCAUGACGCUGGGCAGGAGCACCAGCCGCUCAUCAUACACUAACCGAACAACAGCCAUGGGCAGCACCCCUAACAUCACCUCCUCUGGGCUACAUCACCAGUCAGACCCCUAUGGAGACCAAACCUUGCAUCCUGGAAGGACUUCCAGUCUGCAGCGCCAGUCUGGGAGACACACACAGGCACUGGAUUCGGCUGGACGGGGAGAGGCUCCGUCGUUUGACCUCCAGUCUCAGCUGAGGGAGCUGCAGAGGGAGAAUGAAAACCUGCGGAGAGAGCUGGAUGUAGGGAGGGGCCCUAGCAUGAACAAUGUCAACUUCUGGAGCCCAGAUGUGAAAAGAGACAAGGGGGUGAGGCGGGAGGAGGGAGCGAGGACCUCAGUUCUGAAGGACCAGUACAGGACCAACCAAGAGGAUUUGCAGCAGCCUGGGGAUAUCAGAAGAAACAAGCAGCUCCCGCUGACAGUUCAGGAGCUUCAGGAGGAGCUGAGGGCUCACAGGGAGAACAGUCGCUUGCAGCAACAGCGUCAGCAGGGCAACUCCGGCUCGUAUCGAGAACUCCACACAGACCAGGACCACAGAGGGGGGCUCAGCCCUGGCCACAGCCCCAGACAAAGCUCCAGCAACCUGCACAGCCCUGGACCGAAGAAUAGCCCGAGAGCCAGCCCUUCCAUUACCUAUAAUCCAAGACAACAGGAAGCUGAUGUCAUCAUUCACAGCCCUGGUUACGGCUGUAACACUGCAGUAGCCGCGCAGAGAAUCAGCCCGGCCAACACCCUUCAGCCUGGGCCGAGGAACAGCCCAAACCACUCCCUCUACGCUCCCAGCCAAGGUCCGGCGGUAGCGCCUGGCUCUAGCUCACUCCGGCCCUGCAGCCCCUGCCAGGUACCUGGGUGUGACGGCUUCUCCUCACCUCCUCCCCUAGAUCCUUCAGAGGAGAAUUUCUUCCGGCUGCAGUCGGAGCACGAGCGGCAGGCCAAGGAGCUGUUCCUGCUGAGGAAGACCAUGGAAGAGAUGGAGAUGAGGAUCGAUUCUCAGAAGCAGACUCUGGGCGCCCGAGAUGAGAGCAUCCAACGGCUGCUGGAGAUGCUUCAGGGCCAAGGUCAAGGUCAAAGUCAAAGUCAAAGUCAAGGUCAGGGACACUGGGGUCGGGGACAGCGGACGGGCAUCAUAACCAUGGCGGCGCAGGAGGCUGAAGCGCAGCUGGAGAACAUGCAUGUGAGAGAGGAGCUCCAUCGCAGAAACCAGCUCCAAGCUGAUCCGGCCAAGACCAGAGCUCUGCAGACUGUCAUUGAUAUGAAGGACACCAAGAUCUCUUCACUGGAGAGGAACAUCAGAGACUUAGAGGAUGAGGUCCAGAUGUUAAAGACCAGCGGCCUGCUGCACCCCGACGACAGGCAGGAUGAGCUCAAGCAGGUGGAGGUCUACAAGAGCCAUUCUAAAUUCAUGAAGACUAAGAUUGAGCAGCUGAAGCAGGAGCUGAACAGGAAGGAGGCAGAGAUGCAGGCCCUGCAAACCAAACUAGAAACACUGACCAAUCAGAACUCAGACUGCAAACAACACAUCGAGGUGCUAAAGGAGUCGCUCAGCGCCAAGGAGCAACGGGCCAACACACUUCAGACAGAGGUAGAUGCUCUGCGGGUGCGUCUGGAGGAGAAAGAGCAGUUCCUGACUAAGAAGACCAAGCAGCUGCAGGACCUGACCGAUGAAAAGAGCACACUAACAGGAGAGAUCAGAGACAUGAAGGACAUGCUGGAUGUCAAGGAGAGGAAGGUUAAUGUCCUGCAGAAGAAGAUUGAGAACCUGUUGGAGCAGUUAAAGGAUAAGGACAAACAGCUGGCUGGGUUGAGGGAAAGGGUCCAAGGCCUUCAAACUGACUCUAGCAACACUGACACAGCCCUGGCCACGCUAGAGGAAGCCCUCUCAGAAAAGGAGCGAGUGAUAGAGAAUCUACGCGAGCAGAGGGAGCGGGAAGACAGGGCUCGGCUGGAGGAGCUGGAACAGAUGAGGAAGGAGAACCAGCUAUUAAAGGACAAACUUUCAGCCCUGCAGCCCCAGAAACUGUCCCCAAGUCAGCCUGCUAACCCCGUCCCCACCCAGAACCAGAGGCCUGAUGGAGAGGUGCCAGCUAAAGUAGAUGGGCUCCCAGCAGGAAGCCCCAUGACCCAAAACACGGAAGAAGCCCUCCGGAAGUGUCCAGACAUCACAGAUCGUCUGAGGCUACUAGAGCAGGAAGUGGCUCGCAACAAAGAGGAAUCUGGGAAGUCAAAAGCGGAGGUGGAGAGGCUAAUGGCAGCUCUGAGGGAUGCUGAGAUGGACAAAUCGUGCAAGGAGAAGAAAAUCGCCGAUCUUGAGAGAUCUGGGCAAAUCAAGUCUCCUAACAUCCAGAAGCAGACGGUGGCGGGCGAGAUGAGGAAAGAUGCCCUCACUGAUGGACAUCCACACUCAUUAUCGCAGUUGGAGGAGCUGAUGAGUGCUUUGGAGAAGACGCGCCAGGAGCUGGACGCCACCAAACUGCAUCUGUCCUCCACUCAGCAGUCGCUGCACGAGAGAGACGGACACCUUAAUUGUCUUCGCCAGGAGAGACGCAAACAGCUGGAGGAGAUUCUGGAGAUGAAGCAGCAGGCUUUGCUGGCAGCCAUCAGUGAGAAGGAUGCUAACAUCGCCCUGCUGGAGUUGUCCUCCUCCAAAAGGAAAAAAGCCCAGGAGGAAGUGAUGGCUCUGAAGAGGGAGAAAGACAGGCUCAUGCACCAGCUCAAACAGCAGACUCAGAGCAGAAUGAAGCUGAUAGCAGAUAACUACGAGGAAGAUCACAUCCACCCCCAACAUCACCCUCACCAUUCUCACCACUUGCAUCCAGUAAACAUGCACCACCGAAGCCUGCCAAGAGGGCCCCCCCACGCCAACCACCGACCACCUAUGGACCAGGAUGAUGAAGAGGGAAUAUGGGCAUGAUGACCAUCACCGUGGAAACCCUGCAUCCAUUUGUCCACACUGCUUGUAGACCCAGGUACCAAGGGGUUCAAGAGCUUCAGCUGCAAGCAGGCACACUGAACCGGCCCAUAACUCCCCACCAUCCUGACCACCAGACAUACAUAUAAACAGAUAGACGCAUACUCCAGGACCCAGGUAUUGUGGACAAGCUCAGCGCUCAGCCGGUCAGGAAUUGUUCAUCUUCCCGAUGAGCAUCAUCUUUCCCGACAAAUGCAGUGGCCCACUGAGGGUGGGUUAAUGUCCCUUAGAGGACCGUCAGUCAUCAGUGUGGAGCUUCAAGAUAUUGGCAAGCGGUCCACUGCCUUCAUUUCCCUAGCUGUUUUCAAUAGACUGGGAGCUGGAUUCACUUUACAGCACUGCAGUGCUACAGAGUUCUGGCUCCACAUCAACCGACAAUCACUCCACCACUGUCGACUACUGGUGCGGCUAAGCUGAGCCAGUGGAACCAGCCGUAAACCCAUGCCAAUCCCGGACUGGUUUAUGAUGGCAUGAAUGUGUUUACUUCUGCAGCUAAAUAUCAGACUUUUGUAAAUAUAACAACAUGGACCUCAAAAUCCACAAUCCACAGAGACCUUCUCAAUGUAUCGUGCCAAAGGAGACAACCCUGUCUGCUGAAACAAAUUACUGAAAUGGGACUGAAUCAUUCGGACUACCCAGUGAACCGCCCCAGUUACUCAUUUCUUUGACUGUCUCCCACUUCCUGCCUAGAGAUCAACAAGAAAAAGACAAAUUUGGGCUUAAAGAUGCCCUGCAAAAAGUUUGAGCAUCAGCUUACACCUUCUCUAAAAAUCAGGACCCUUAUUAACAGGAAAGGAAACCCGGCUGACCUCGAAUCAGCCAGCUUACUGUAAGAACAGUCUGUUUAUACAUUUCUCCUUGUGUUCUUUUAGCCUGCUGUGCGUUUGUUUAAUGAACCAAUAUCAUGUUCUGUUAGCUUUUCUACAUCCGAAACAGUUUUGAGUGCCACUCUUCUUUUUUUUUCUGAAGUUUUAACAGCUGUGUGUGACUUAUUACGCUGACGAGCGAUGUAUUAUUUUGUUGUCUCUUUGUUGAUCCUGUGAAUCUGAGUGGCGAAUCUGUUUAUAAUGAAGUGACUUGCAUCUUAAAGCACUGUGUCAUUACUUUUUUCACUGUACUGGAGGCUGACGAUAAUGUACAGUAUUGUGUUUUGAUUCAACAGUAUAACAGUGUUUCCAUUUUGGCCCUGACCUAACAUGUACAGUUUUUUGUACAGUGUGUGUGUGUGUGCAUGUGUGUGUGGUUUCAUGCUGCUCUCAUGAUUGUGAUGACUGUGAAAGUUUUGGGGGGGGUAACGGUAUUCACCCUUGACUGGUUCCACAAUGUUUUGCAGUGGUCAGCUUGUCUCUGUUGUUUGAAUAAAAGUUGUU